AUGCGAUUGGCAAGGGUCGCAGGUGUUUUUGAAUGUUUUUUGCUAUUAUCCGAGUUAUUUGUGAGGGAAAGUCCGGAUUGUCUGGCUGUUUCGCAGCGCGCCCGUCGCGGACUGGCUGGCUGGCUGGCCCCCCUCUCUUCGCUCCAUAUCUCAUAUCAUUGCAUUUGGCAGCAGAGCACACACACACUCGGCAAGGCUUUCGUACGAAACUAUCCAGGGCGACCAGUAUCUCUCUGUCUUCCUGAUAUGCCGCCACCCCUACCACCUCUUCCCCUCCCGUCCCCCCCGCCACCAGUUAUCCACCCUCUCCCGCAGUUUUACGCACCCACCGACUCACUACAACUCCUCUCCCACCACCCCAUCUCCUCUCGCAUCUCCUCAUCAUCGCUCGCCUAUCCUUCUCCCCUCUGCCUACCUACUCCUCUCACACUUCCCCAGUCAUUUCAGGCGACGACGACGUUUCCUCGCAAUUUCUUCGCUCGGCCACCUACACUUCUCAUCUACCUACUCGUCACACCCGCUGACCUUCUCUUUCAUUGCUCCGUUGCACCAACAGCUCCCACUACUCUCGCUCACGCCGCCGUUGAGUGCCGCGCACGGCUGUGUCACAACCCAUAUCCUCCCUGUGGUUUUCGCCGGCAACCCGACUCGACUCCGGCGUCGCUACGAUGUUACUCACCGAAGAAUGUAUUCAAGCUGACGUCCCUCGUUCCCCCUCCGAACGCCAAAAGUUUAUCGCCCAACAAGAAAAGCUCUGGCUCUCCUUGAGCUGGGAUCGAAACCGCUACACCCAAGACCUCGCUCGCAACGCCUCCCUCCUCUUGUCCGCCAUAGCAUUCAGUGACCACGGAGAUCCCAUCGAUCUCUCUCUCUUGGGAGCCGAUGGUGGUUCCUCCGCCGAGGCUGGUUCCUCCGAACGCGGCUCCAAACGUCGACGAGAGUCGCCUCCAGCUCCCUCAAAGCCCGCCAAGAAGCAGAAGCGCCCCUCCUCCUCUUCCGUCAUCCCCGCCAAGACUCAAGUUGCAUGUAUCGACAGGUCGACCGGACGCCAAUGGGUUCUCGGCAGAAUCUCUCGAUACCUCCCGGAUAUGAAGAAAUACGAGGUCCUCGACGACGCUGAUGGUGAGGAACAAAUCUACAGAGUCUUCAAAAAGAACAUUCGGGUCAUUCCCAAGAAACCGCAGACGUUUGACACUAAGAAAAAGGUUCUCGCUGUCUAUCCUUUCACAACUGUAUUUUACCCAGCACGCUUGGUGAGUCGAAAGGGAAAGAAUUGGGUUGUUGAAUUCGAUGACGAGGACGAAUCUGAGGAAGGAAAGUUCAAGGAGAUCGACGGCCGAUUGAUCAUGAUUGAAUGACCCUGGGUUCGGCGUCGUAUGUUGUAGAUUGUCAGGAUUGUGAAUGCGAUACCCUCUAAUCUUGCGAACAAGGAAAGCUGUCGAUGGAUUGUUUGUACAUGAAGAAACAGCAGAAUAAGUCUUAGCCUCAGUCACCAAAGGAAAACCCAUUGCUGUCUAUCCGUGCCAUGGGAACUCGUCUUGCACCUGACACAUGAAACUAAGGUUUCGAGAACCACUGUCGAAACCCGCCUAUUUAGCCAGAUAGCAAAACAAUGGGCACAGACUAUUGCCUUCUUGCAAGAAACACACUAAACUACUCGUGACUCUUCCA